AACCGAACGAGAAGAAGACGAGACCAAGUGUGGAUAUCGAUUCCAUACAUUGGCAUCUAAUCGAUCAACCCGCUAGUAGUUUGGUGAGUGGGCCCGCUUGUAUAGAUAAGGAGCUAUCACCAGACAUAUACAGUAGAGAACAAUCUGCCCAAUAUGUUUCCUUCGGAAGGGACUAUUGCCAGCGCCUUCGCCUCCCACCACCCUCUGAGUCAACCAAAGCAGUCCCAGAUACCGGAAGCUGCGGGUUUGAAGAAACGCGAGCCGUUCCCUGCCUGGAGCGUUAUCGAGGAUACCAAGAAGAAGGCAGAUGUGCUUGCCAAGGAAGCGACCAGAGAGUUGGACCUGGCGAGCCAAAAAGCCCAAGCCAAAGCCGGCAAGAUUGAACUAUUUUCUCCUAAGUACUAUGCGGCUUGCACGGUCGGAGGGCUGCUUGCCUGCGGUCUCACUCACACCGCUGUGACGCCUCUGGAUUUGAUCAAGUGCCGUCGUCAGGUCGAUCCUCUGCUAUACAAGAGCAACGCUGAGGCGUUCCGAACAAUCCGCGGUGCAGAGGGUCUUCGAGGUGUUUUCACCGGUUGGGGUCCAACAUUCUUUGGAUACAGUGCCCAAGGAGCAUUCAAAUACGGUGGUUAUGAGUACUUCAAGAAGUUCUAUAGCGACUUGGUUGGGGUUGAGAACGCAACCCGAUGGAAGACAUCCCUGUACCUGGCCGCCAGUGCAUCGGCGGAACUUAUCGCUGAUGUCGCUUUGUGUCCAUUCGAGGCCGUCAAGGUGCGCAUGCAGACGACCAUUCCGCCUGACAUCCGCUCGACCUUUACAGGAAUCUCUGGCAUUGUUAAUAAAGAAGGCGUGGCCGGUCUAUAUAAGGGUCUCUACCCUCUCUGGGGUCGCCAGAUCCCGUAUACCAUGAUGAAGUUUGCGUCCUUCGAGACGAUUGUCGAGAUGAUCUAUCACUACCUGCCGGGUCAGAAGUCCGACUACAACAAGGGUGCGCAGACCGGAGUUGCCUUCACCGGUGGUUAUCUGGCGGGUAUUCUUUGCGCAGCUGUGUCUCAUCCUGCCGAUGUCAUGGUCAGCAAGCUGAAUGCCAACCGUCAAGCUGGUGAGGCCUUUGGUGCUGCGAUGAGCCGGAUCUACAAGGAUAUUGGCUUCCGGGGUCUGUGGAACGGUCUCCCAGUCCGUAUCGUCAUGAUCGGCACCUUGACCGGACUGCAGUGGAUGAUUUACGAUUCGUUCAAGAUCUUCAUGGGUCUGCCCACCACUGGUGGAGGCCCUGCUGCGGAGAAGGAGAAGAAAUGAUUGGGGGAG